GGGACCUAAUGGAUCACUACAAGAAAUUCAGGUUUAGUCUCAUUGGACUGGAACUGCCCAAGAAGGUAGACAAGAGUCAGAUCAUAUUUGACUUCUACAAUGGAGAAAAACACCUCAAAUCUUAUUACAUGAGAGAAGGCAAGGUAAACUAUGAUUUAGAGUACUCCCCAGAUCUUCAGUAUAUCAAAGUCGUCACAAGAACUGUUAAUGAAGGGGAGGUUAUCGGAACUAUUCUACUCACCUUAUCGUUUAUUGCAGAAUGGGACCUUGAAGGAAAGAAUGAGCAGUGGCUCCCUCUGUCUAAUGAGGGUAACUCAGAUUUUUAUGCCCAAGAUUUCAAUGCCUAUAAGAUGAAUCCUCCAUGUUUGAUGAUCAGAUUCCAAAGAAUCUAUACACCUCCUCCUUCUCCAGAGAGAGUCGUUCAUGAUGAUUUGUCGAUAGAGAAGGAUUAUGUCAGAGAACCAUAUGGGUAUGAUGACCAACCUAUGCAAGAGCCUGAUGAUUACGAUUAUGAUGAACCAGAGCCUGUUGAAGACGAGCCAGAGGAAUAUUUCCAAGAACCCCAAGAUUAUGCUCCUGAAUCGCAAGACUAUGUUCCUGCAUCCCAAGAAUAUGUCCAGGAGCCUCAAGAAUCAAUCCCUGUGGUAGAAUCAGAGCCUGAGGAAACCAAGCAGCCAGAUUUUGAUAUACAAAAACCUAUCAUUCCUUAUGAGCCAGAAAAAGUUAUUCAAGAGCCAGUGAUUGUGAGAGAGCCAGAGCCGGUUAAGAAAUCUCCAAGGAGAGUAGAGAAACCAAUUGUAGAAGAGAAGAAGGAGACUCCUCCUAGGCCUCCCCCAAAGAAGGCUUCACUCAGAAGAAAAGAUGUAAACUCAAAUCUCCCUUUACAAGUUGCUCAUCAGAGAGCAGUAAUUAAGAAAGAAUAUAACACCAGAAGUGAGCUUUCAAGAUAUGAUAAGGUCUUCCUCAGUGAUGCCUAUGUCUACUCCUCAAACUACUACAUUCCUGAAGACAGAGACCACUUGAGAAGGAAGCUAGACAAUCUGGUUGAAGAUGUACAGGAGAAGCACGAAGAGAUCUUACAAGAAAAUGAGGAAUGAUUUAGACUUUUGGAUUGGAUAAACCAAAUGAACAAGCAACCACUCGCUUAUGAGUCAGUUGAUCAAGAAGGCAUUUCACAUAGCCAAAGAGUUCUUAGUGAGAUAAAAGAACUCAAAGGAGACAACAAUUCACUCACAGGGCAGCUAGAUAAUUCUAAAAUAGCCUUAGAGAAAGCAAGAGAAUUAAAUAAAGAUCUCAGAGUCAAACUAGAAGGCUUUUCUCACGGAAAUUACGGAGACUUUGCCCUCCCAAAAGAUUCUGAGCUCCAAAGAUUGAAGGCUCAGAAUAAGGAUAAUGAGAAGGAAAUUGAUAUACUAAACCAGAAAGCUAAUAAAAAGAUUACUGACUACUUAUCCUCCCUAGAAGACCCAGCAGAAAUAGAGAGACUUGCAAAAUCUUUCCAAGGAAUGACAGAUCAAUACAGAGACUCUAUCAACAAAAUCAAUGAUGAUAAAGAUGCUCUAGUAGGCCAGCUUGGAGAAGCCAGUGAUGAGUAUGCUGAACUUGUAAAGAACAACUACCGCCAACAGAAGAAGAAAAUGGAGAUGCAGAAUGAGAUUGAGACCUUACAGAACCUCAUUGCAAAUAACUGCCAGCUCAAAGACGACACUGAAAAGCUUGAUGGAGAAUACACCCGUAUCAUGGGUGACAAGAACAAAGGAAUUGGUGCUAAGAUCAGAAACAAGGAUGAAGAAUUCAACAGACUUGAAAGAGAAUAUGAUCAACUUAAAACAGAAUAUGAGAACAAUAUGGAAAAAGCUGAUGAGAUUGGGAAAAGCUUCAACCAGAACGAGCAGGGCGAACAAUAUGAACAGCUAGUCGGCAUGCUCGAGAGACUUGAAGAAUCUCAUGAACAAAGAGUCGAAGCAGGAAUUGAUAAGGAUGAUCCAAGACUCCUAAAUAAAAAGAAUGAGGAGACUCUUAUUCAAAUCGAAGAGUCCUUAGGAAUGCACACACAAACUGAAGGAGAUAGACAGAUUGAAGAUCUACUGAGACAAAUUCAGAAAGCCGAGAAUGAUAUUAUUGAUCUUAAUGAUCUUAAGAAUAGAGCUGAGAAAACCAAGAAGUACAGAGAGAAGAAGGGUAUCCUCUGAGAUGGACUCAAGAACGAUAUCGAAGAGCUUAAGAAGAAGAUUGCAAAUUUGCGAGCUGAAAUAGACUCAAUGUUAUCCAAUUCCAAUACUUUCGAGAGUGAUAAAGCUAAGAGGGAGCAAAGAAUUUCUGAUCAAGAAGCCAUCCUCAAACAAUUGGAAAUUGAAAUAAGACUUCUCAAGCAGAAACUUAAGGAGCUUGAAGGACUCAGCAUUGAAGGAUUCACAGAUGCAGAGAUCCUAGACUUGAGAGAGAUUCUCGACAAGAUCAACAAAGAUCUCGAGGCACUGAAAAGAAGGCAGAGAAAACAGGAUGAGCAAUAUGCCGUUCGUAAGAGUGAGCUCUUAGAGAAAGAAAGAUACAUUGAAGAGCUUAAAAAACAGCUAAGCGAGUACACAGUUACUGAGGUUACUGAGGAAUAUGAGAAUAUUAAUAUCGACAUUGUCGAUGAUAUUGAUAGAAUGAUGCUUGAUUUUGUCAAGAAGUACAACUGUCACGUUCCCAUCACUAGAAUGGGAGGUGGAUACUACCUUUUUGGUACAAGAAAAAUCUAUGCCAAGAUUCUUAACGGAAAGUUGGUAAUUAGAGUUGGAGGAGGAUACAUGAUUAUCACUGAGUUCUUAGAUCAAUAUUCUGAAGUUGAACUAAAGAAAAUCGAGAGAUUAAUGGAGAAAGAAGGUGUUGAGAAAUAUGAAGAUCUCAAGAUUGUUAAGAAACAUCUAGAACCACUCUGGGAAGAGAAGAACAGAUCAAUGAAGAACAGAAAGAGUCCAGGCAGCUCAUCAAGAAGAAAAGGAAAAUAAAAUUAUUUCAAU